AUGACGUCAGUAAAGCGACACACACUCUACAACAAAAACAGAUCAAAAAGACUGUGCAAACUUUGCGUAACUCUUAUCGGACGCUUGGAACGGGACUCGUCUAUUUUUCGGAAAUGGCAACAAGAGGAGGACACUCUGACAACCGAACCACCACCAGCCGAAGGGUCAUCUUCUGCCGGACAGGGUGACAAACGAGAACGUUGUACUCCAUCUAAAACACCAAGAGCAGUGAAGAAGAUUCGCCGGAGUCCUACCACUCAGACUGCAGCAAGGCGAAGUAUCACACAGGUCAUUACUGAGUACCCUAGUAAAACUGUUCUCAAGCAUGGAGGUGCGAAAAAAGCAGCCUUCAAACGGUUAAGCAAAAUGGCCAUCACCACAUCAUACCAGCAUGCAAUAGGCAAACAAAAGGAGUUGGCUGCCACCUGCGGUGAAAGACUGCAGGAGCUAAAAGUUUCCACUGAACUUUACUUGACCUCUAAAGCAGAUGGGCACCCUGUGGACAUGACAAGUGUGAAUGAUAACAUGGAGGACCUCACAUUAUCAGAUGACAAUACUGAAAGCCAACUACCAGAUUCAGAGACUACAGAAGUGAACUCUCCACCACCUUAUACCACACAGCCAGAGCUGCCACCCACAUACUCUGUAAUAAUGGACAACUUAGACUUCUUCAUGAAGACUCACCAGCACUCCACGCACAACUCUUCCAACAUGGCUUCUGGGGUUACUGUCACAGACAAUGUAAAAUCCAUCUACGAAAAAAUGAAAUUGAACAAAAAAUCAGACAGUGCAGAGGAACGCAUCAGAGUGGUCGAACUAAAGCUGAGUGAUGACUUUUCAUUGAUCGACGUUCGUCAAAUAGUUGAGGAGAAGGAUCUAGAAGUAAAGGGCAACGUGUUUAAGUACGUCCAGAGUCUUAUGGUACCUGACACGUGCACAUACAUUUUGUAUGACUGCCAUUACAAAGUCAAGGAGAACCCCAAAAAGGAGGAUCUGAUCUUUAUUAUGUGGAACUCCACCACCGCGCCUAUCAAACUAAAAAUGUUGUACUCGAGCUCCAAAAGUGCUGUCACAAAAAUUAUAAACGUCAAGCACGUGCUGGAAAUUACAGACGAAGAGGAGAAAGAACUUGGUGAAUUUGUCUCAAAAUUGGGAAAGAACGUCACUGAGGUGGACGGGUUGUCAGUAAAGUGA